UAAAGUGGGUACUUCAGCACAACAGCAAACCUUCAUAACACGUUGCAUUCACAGGCUCUGCAUUGACGUCACAAUGACACAGUGAAGCCAAACACAGGAGCUGGGAACAGUUCUUCUGCUUCACUUUUGAUAAUUGAGUGAGUUUGCCACCACCCCAUUCCUUCCAGCAUGGCUAAGAGUGCAGAAGUGAAGUUGGCGAUCUUUGGUCGGGCUGGUGUGGGCAAGUCAGCUCUUGUCGUGCGCUUCCUGACCAAACGGUUCAUCUGGGAGUACGAUCCAACGCUAGAGUCUACAUAUCGUCACCAAGCUACCAUUGAUGAUGAAGUGGUUUCCAUGGAGAUACUAGAUACAGCUGGUCAGGAGGAUCCUAUCCAGAAAGAAGGACACGUGCGAUGGGGUGAAGGCUUUGUGCUGGUUUACGACAUCACAGACCGAGGCAGCUUUGAGGAAAUGCUGCCGCUAAAGAACUUGUUGGAUGAAGUUAAAAAGCCCAAAAACGUCACCCUGAUCCUGGUGGGGAACAAAGCAGACUUGGAUCACUCCAGGCAAGUCAGCACAGAGGAAGGUGAAAAGCUGGCCACGGAACUAGCAUGUGCUUUUUAUGAGUGCUCUGCUUGCACGGGAGAGGGCAACAUUAUGGAGGCCUUCUACGAGCUCUGUCGUGAGGUUCGGCGGCGAAAGAUGGUCCAGGGCAAGACUCGGAGGCGAAGCUCCACCACCCAUGUCAAGCAGGCAAUUAAUAAGAUGCUUACCAAAAUCAGCAGCUAAAAAGAGCUGUACUAAACCAGAUAAGAUUUUAGAGCAUAUUAGCUUGGAGGCAGGGAUGAGGCAGGCAGAGCACAUUUAAUUAAAAAUGGUCAAAGCUUUGCAAUGGACAAAAAAAAAAUAAAAAUAUGAACAUCACCGUAUUUUUGAAUAACACAGAGUCGUACUAUUUUCCUGUUUUGAAAUGUAUUUAGCCACACUGCUUCUGGCUAAUGUGGAAAAAAAACCAAAAACACCAAGGGAAAAAACCACCAAAUGUACUCCAAAGGACUAGAUGAUUGCAGGAAUUGGCACCAACAGAGAAUCUUCUGCUUCUACGUGGCUAGUCCAACGUCCUGCAAAUCAGUAGUGCCUAAACAUCAUUUCCAACCAACCAGCUGCUCAGUAAGAUUCAGCCUUCACUCCAUCAACUACCAUCACAGCUAACAUUCUCCAGGACUGAAUACGUGUAGAGGCUGCUCUGUUAUAUCAGAAAGUUUACCUGACACCUUCAACCAGCUCUAAGUUGGCUCAUUGUGUGCUUUUACUCCAAACUGUACUUCCUUGUUAUUUUUGUCAAAUCUAUGAGUGCUGAUGUUCUUAGCAAGGUAUGCAAAAAAUAUAGGAAAGGUCUAUUUUAUGGAGUGUUUGGCCAGCAAGACAUACAUUUCAACAGAGCUGAAGUUCAGCUGCUCUUCCAGAUCCUACGAAACUGCAGAAUUCAUGAAGAAAUAACCAGCUAGUCCAGUGGCAUUUCAGCUUUUUUCCCCUCAAAGUGCAGGACUGUACUUGGGGAAAUGGGACUAAAUGUGUUAUGAAGUCAAAUUAAAAAAAAAAAAUAUUACUAUUGAUUUAGUUAUGGGUAGUUUUUAGCUUUUGUUUACACUUCUUGUUUUGAUCUUUUUUCAAUUCAAGUAGUUCCUCUUAGUCUAUCUUAUACUGAAGAAGAACAGAAUCCUUGGGAAGGCAAGUAUUUAAAGUCUAACACCCAAAUGCAGAUCAGAUGUGACUGGCCUCUACCAUAUCAAAAGAUCACAGUUUCCAGCUGUUUAAACUUCCAGAUGUUGCUUGGAGCACUCUGGGGUUUAAACCAGCACAGUUUUUUUGCUGCUUUUAUCUGGCACAUCGAAGUGAAAGUGUAUUUUAUCAGAUUUUGGUGCCAGGGAUAAAAAGUGUUCAUUUUUUUCUUCUCCCUCAUGCAUCUGAUUUAAGCCAGCUGUCAAAUUUUGCCUCCUGUCUAGUUGGUUUGUUAACUGUAUGCUAAAAGAUGUAAGAACCAAGACUGGAAGAUUUAAAUUCAGAUUGUCCUGGUUUCCCACCAGUUGUGUUGCAUCCCUUUAGGCAGCGUGGUGUGCAGUUCAGACUGUUAUCAUGAAGAACCACAGCCAAAGGUUGGGAUGAUAAAUGGGAAUAUUAGCAGUACUCUCCUUUGAGGGAACCCCCCCCUUUUAGCAACUACUUACAACUUUAUUCUCCACUGCUUUGUACUUCCUAUGGUUAUUUGCCUCUGUGAUGAAGUAACUCCAAAAGGCUAUCACAUACAAAUUGCCACAGAUUUAGGAGAAUAUCUAGUUGGAUAAUGUUUCAGACAGUUAUAGGUAGCCAUAGAGGUGAUGGAACAGGCUGAAGAGUCAGAUUUGUUAAUCCCUGUCGACAGAGAAAAGUUCCAAGUUAGGACUUCUUUCAAAAGAAUGUACUUCAAGGUAUUUUACCAAAGUAAUUAUUUUUAAACUCUCUCUUUUACCCAACCAGCAUCAAAGAACAUCACAUUCAUAUAUAUAUUUUUUUUGUGUUGUUUUUUGUCUCCUCUGUUUCUGUAUUCUAGACAGUGAAAACUCAUUUCACUCUUCUGGAAUCAAUGUCUAUAUUUUGGUCCUCAUGUUCAAGUAUAUUUCCAUACACCAUCUGGACACACUGCAGUGGAAACACUACCUUGUGCUUCUGGGCAGGGGGUUCUUGCA